UUCUUUCUCUACAGCAGUCUGUGGUCAUGUCCAUAGAUUAUACACUGUCAUGUCGUUGAUGUCAAAUAUCAAGUGCAUACAUACAUAAUUAAGUUUUUGGGAUUUUUUAGCAUUACAAGAAAACUGAAGUAUUUGUAAUACAUAACAAAGAAAGAAUUAAGGUUUAUUCCGAAUACACGCAAAUUUUUCCAGAAAAUACUUUACUAAAAUUAAUAAAAUGAGUUUCGAAAACAACAGUAACGGCAAUGAAAAAGAAGAACGUAAAUAUUCACACGAGCGCAACAAAUCCGACGAAUUACAACUAUCACGGACUGACAUGAACAUGUUAAUAAUGAAUUAUCUAGUAACAGAGGGCUUCAAAGAAGCAGCCUUGAAGUUUCAACAGGAGGCAGGUCUACAAGAGCCAGCCCUAUGCAGUUCCUUGGACGAGAGGAUAAUGAUCCGUGAAGCAGUACAGGGUGGUAGAAUCCCUGAAGCUAUUGCUAUGGUCAAUUCAUUACAUCCUGAGCUUUUAGAUAAUGAUAGAUAUUUAUACUUCCAUUUGCAGCAAUUACAACUUUUGGAGCUGAUUCGUGCAGGACGUGCUGAAGAGGCAUUAGCCUUUGCAAGUGCAACGCUCGCAGAGGCUGGUGCCAAUGAUGCCAAUGCUCUGACUGAACUAGAGAGGUCAUUGGCUUUACUGGCCUUCCCUGAUCCACAUACCUCACCCUUUGCUGAUCUGCUGCUGCCUUCGCACGGUCAAAAGGUGAUUUGUGCUAAUGUAUUUUUUUGUACUUUACAAAUGGUAUACAUAACACAAACUAAAUUAAUUAAAAAAAAAAUACUCUUGCUUGGUAAUCGCACCAUUUCAUCACUUCGAAAUCUUCAUGGCCCAAAGGAUAAGACGUUCGGUGCAUUCGUGUUGAGCGAUGCACCGGUGUUCGAAUCCCAGGCGGGUACCAAUUUUUGUAAUGAAUUACGUACUCAACAAAUGUUCACGAUUGAUUUCCACAGUGAAGGAAUAACAUCAUGUAAUAAAAAUGAAACCCGCAAAUUUGCGUAAUUACUGAUGGUAGGACCUCUUGUGAGUCCGCGCGGGUAGGUACCACCGCCGUGCCUACCCGCGCGGACUCACACUGUGCACUAUAUCUGCCGUGAAGCAGUAAUGCGUUUCGGUUUGAACGGUGGGGCAGUCGUUGUAACUAUACUGAGAUCUUAGAACUUAUAUCUCAAGGUGGGUGGCGCAUUUACGUUGUAGAUGUCCAUGGGCUCCAGUAACCACUUAAUACCAGGUGGGUUGUGAGCUAGUCCACCCAUCUAAGCAAUAAAAAAUGAAAAAAUGGUACUUGACGUGGGUCUGUAUUAUACUGAAAUUGGAAUUUUCUUUUAUCUAGGUAUUACUUUACAACUUCUUAAGUUGAAAAACUAUGUGUCCUGUACAAACAAUAUACUAGUUUCUAGAUUAUUUUUGUUGCUUUUAUAUCACUAGACAAGACAGUCUCAUGGAAUUCAACAUGUUUAGUGGUUCCCAAAAUCGAUAAUUUUCACAACACUAAUGCUGGAACCCAUCUUGAGACAUGAGGUUAGUCUCAAUUGUAUCCAAUAACAGCUGCUCUACCAUUGAGUACUUAACUUUCAAAGAUAAUAUAUUGAAUUGAUCACCAGAUUGCAAGUGAACUCAAUGCGGCUAUACUCAAAA